CACAUGGACAUGGAUACACUGAUAACUAAACAGAGGCACAUCUGGAAUGAUGAGUUCUGGGAGAAUCCCUGGGACCAGGGGAGCCUGGCAGUGAUCGGCUUAUUUAUCACCAUGACCCUGUUUCUCAUCUUGUUUGCUACUAUAUUUGGUUUAUACUCUCCGCUUGAGAGGCGCAACCAGUACGAAGAGUCGUGACCUGCUUUCUGGGGGCCAAGAAUGGGGCCACCUGUUAUACACGGUCAAAUCCCCAUGUACCUUCUCCUCAAAGCCCUCUCAACAGUCUGGAGUUACACUUUUUUCUAUAUGAUUGUGUAAUAAGUGCCUGUCUUCUCCCCUGGACCGAGCACCAAGAGCAGGGGAUGGGUCCCUUUGUGCUCACCGCUGUACCCUCAC